AUGAUGAGGAUCAUCAUGGUCCCCUGUGCUGGAGUCGGAGGUCCAGCGGCCGCCGCCGCUGCUGCCAAAGCAGCCGCCAAAGCAGCCAAGUACGGAGCAGGUGGCCUGGCUCCUGGUGUGGGUGGUCUAGUUCCCGGCGUGGGCGGCCUUGCUCCUGGUGUAGGUGGCCUGGUUCCUGGAGUGGGUGGCCUGGUCCCCGGCGUUGGAGGUGUCCCAGGUGGGAGGGGUGGGCUCUGUCCAGCAUUGCGUCUCUGCUCAGGGGUUGGAGGUCCGGCCGCAGCAGCAAAAGCAGCAGCGAAGGCAGCCAAAUUUGGUGAGUCGCUGGAGAAGCCCAUCGCUCGCGGCUCAGCCCACAGCAGGCAGCCCUACCCGCCCGCGUGCGUCGGCGGCGGGCCCGGGUUGGUGCCGGGUGUGGGGAUACCUGGUACCGGCAUCCUCCCCGGAGCAGGCAUCCCCCAAAUAGGGGUGCAGCCUGGUGCUAAACCUCCCAAAUUCGGUGGCCUCGGAGUUGGUGGCCUCGGAGUCGGUGGCCUUGGAGUUGGUGGGCUCGGUGCUG